AUGGCUGCAUUAUCCAAGAUUGCUCGAGAUACCUCGAGGUCCCCAUUGUCUACUGCUCCACAAGGAGCACAAAAUGUCGAUCUCACUCCAUUGGCCGGCACCAAGAGACUUUUCAGCAACCGUAGCUUGCCACCAGUAGACCCUACCCAAGGCAAUAACGAGAAUGAAGAGCUCGAAGCUGCGAGUGGACAAAUCCAUUCUGACAAACGACCCCGUACUGAUGACUGGCCUCUUGCCAGCACUACCGACACAAACCCUGCCAAUGCUCCUUCUGCUAGAGCCACAUUUGAAGCCCAAGAUGACCCCAAGCUUGUUACGGAUGCAGGCUCUGCCCAUACUCCUGCCGGAGCCACUGUUGAAGCUGAAUAUGACACAAAGCUUGUUACGGAUACAGGCUCUGCCAAUGCUCCUGCUGCUGGAGCCACUCCUGAAGCCCAAGAUGAACCCAAGGCUAUUCCUCGACCUGCGCGCCGGUCCAAAUUCAUUGAGGGUAGCAUGAAUGAUAAGGUUAGCCAAAGACCACCGGCAGAGUUCCUUGGUCCAGAAGAAGACCUGCUUAAGAAAUAUUCUCGCGAAGAAUCCGGGGGGAGGAAGACUUCUCAAGGCAAAAAUACAAAGCAUCGUAGAAACUCAUCUGCUCAGACAAGCAGAUCCGAGGAUACUCGCCAGUCCGGCAUCGUCCGUUUUGGAAAGUCUGUUGCAGCCACUCUCAAUAUCUCCAAUUGGAAGAUCUGGUCCAAGCAGCAGCAUCAGCAACAGGAUGAUGAGACGCCUCAACAGAAGAUCCUGAGAGAACGUCAGGAGAAGGCCGAGAAAAUAUACAAGGAGCUGAAGAAGUCGGGAGAUUUCCGUAACUCGGCUGCUUUCCCAAGCCAUCAAGUUCCGGAAGUCAAGGACACUACUCCGGCGAAGCAUGACUCUGGUGUUGACUUCGGCCCUGUGCCUUGCUUUCCUGCCUUUGGGUUGACCUCCAAAGCGGAUAAGAGGAAGAGUAAAAUCAUUGAAUCCACAGAGACUCAGAUCCCUGCCAACACUACCGACAGUAGUGCUGGUAAUAGUCGUCCUAGUUCAAUGGGUUCUGAAUCUGCUGAGCAAUCAACAAUAUCAGCUUCGAGACAGUCGUUUCACUUCAAGCGGCCAUCUCUGUCUAGUAUCAGGAAAUCAAAGGAGAGUGACAGAGCUUCGGUUGCUCCAAGCAAUGAUGAAGGCCAUCCACUACACAAAGUAGCUUCGCGCAGAGAAAUGAGAAAGCAGCAGAAGCUGGUCAAGCGUGUCAGUAACUUGGAGGACAAGCUUGCAGCAGCACGUCGCCAGCUGGCUAAAGCAACGGGCGGACCCUAUCCUCCUGAGCCUGAGGUCGAAGCAUCUACGACUACAACAUCUGCCUCCGCACCUGGUGCUCCGACGACUCUACCAUCUGAGCCAGCCCUCAGGAGCCGUGCCAGCUCUAAUGUUGGUUCUACCUCCAACGAUAUUGCUGCUGUGCCUUCUGAGCCCCAGAACCUGGUAUCCCAGGUCGGAAAGUUUCGUCGUGUGCCUGGUGCUCCGAUGACACUACCAUCUGAGCCUGUCCCCAGUGGCCGUGCCAGCUCUGAUUCUGGCUCUAGCUUCAACAUUGCUGCUGUACCUUCUGAGCCUCAAGCUCAGCCAUCCCAGGUCAGAAAGCUUCGCCGCAAGACUGGUACUUUGACGACUUUACCAGCUGAGCCAGUCUUCAGUGGACGUGUCAGCUCUAGUUCUGGCUCCAGCUUCAGUUAUAUUGCUGCUGCACCUUCUGAGCCUCAGACCCAGCUAUCUACAAUUCGAAAGCCUCGCUUCGUUCCUGGUGCUUUGGCAACUCUGCCCUCUGAACGACUCCUCAGUGGCUACCUCAGCUCUGAUGCUGAGGCCGAUCUCUGUAGCACUCCCGCCCACGAGAUUGGUAGAGCUGUGACUACUGAUGAGAACGAUAAUUUGACAGUUAAGUCCCAAGCCAAGCUUCAAGCUCUUCCUCCACAGGAUAUAUUGAUGCAGAGUGUGGAGAUUGAUCACCCUGCAAAAUUUCAGGCUAGACACUCUGCCCCAGUCCGUGGAAUGCGCACCAUGAGACACGUCUCCAACUUCAGCCUAUCCAGGCUGGCUUCUGUGAUGCCAGAGACAGGAGACAGCAGUGACGAGGAUGAGGAGCCAGUGAAGAAGCCGGCCGCCAAGUCCCCAGCACUUGAGACGGUCUACAAGGGACGCCGGAUCAUAGCCGAUAGCAGCAAUGAAUACGAGGAGCCAGUGAAGAAACCGGUGGCCCAGUCCUCAGCACCCGAGACGGCCUCGAAGAAACGUAAGAACAAGGUCCGCGUCAUGGUCGACAACGACCACAAGCUUGGCUUUGAAUCCGACUCCGAUUCCGACUCCAGCAAGAAGCUUAAGCUCUCCAGUUCACCCCGUCCGCCUCGCAAGGUCCAGAAGAUUGCUCUGCAGCCGCUCUUGAUUCCUCACGCUCCCAGAGAGACCUCCACCAGGAGCCGCAUCCCCCGCGUGAGCUCCUCCCCGUCUCCAAGAUCUUCAAAAUCCCCAAAGUCUCCUAAGGUCGCUGAGGAGGCUGGCGAGAAGGCUGCCCAGAAAGUAGACGAUGACUUCGUGUGGCCCGACUACGUCUUUUAG